CCCAGUCUCCAGGUCUAGUAUUAUUGCAGUCUCCAGUCCCCGCUCCCUCCUCGCCUCCCGUUCCCCAACCCGAACCCAGUAGAGGACUGACGGCCGAGGGCAACAAUGGCCAGCAGCAGCCGCCGCCGCCCCCGACCCUCCUCGCCGUCGCCGGUAUCGGCGCAUCCGCUGGAAGACGACGACCUCCUCCACGAGAUCAUGCUCCGCCUCCCACCGCAACCACCCUAUCUCCUCCGCACCUCCAUCGUCUCCAAGCGCUGGCGACUCCUCGCCACCGACCCCAAGUUUCUCCGCCGCUUCCGUAUCCACCACCGGAAGCCUCCCCUCCUCGGCGUCUUCUCAUGUACCAUGGGCGACAUUUCGUUCAGAUCCACACUGGACCCGCCCAUUCCUCCCGAGCGCUUCUCCCUGAGCCCAUCUAUCAGAUCCAGUCAGAUGUGCCUCGACGUCCGCCACGGGCGCGUACUCAUCGACGACGGCAUGCGGAGUCGGGUCAUCGUGUGGGACCCCAUCACUGACGACCGCCGCGUCGUGGCCUUUCCGCCGCAGUUCAGCCACACGGGGAUACACAGUGGGGCAGUGCUCUGCGCCGCCGGCGACCAGGGCCACGUGCAUGGUGCCUGCCACACAAGCCCUUUUAAAGUGGUCGCGAUCAUCAGCGACGAGCACGAUGAUGAUCUUUCUGAUGAAGAUGAUGAUUAUAAACCAGUCGUAUUGGCAAGUGUUUACUCCUCCGAGACUGGCAUGUGGAGCGAUCUCAUCUCAACAACUAAACCGGGCAGGGGCAUUAACUUGUCUCUUCGCAGCACACUUGUUGGUAACACCCUUAGCUGGCUGGUAAAUAGCCCUUUCAUGCUUGAGUUUGAUUUGGAGGCACAGAGCCUAGCUGUGACCAAGAGGCCUCCUGGUGCUCCUCGUGGUGACAAUGGUCAGAUCAUCCAGGCAGAGGAUGGUGGUAUUGGAUUUGCUGCUUUGUCUGGCCCCUGCUUGCAAAUGUGGGACAGGAAGGUUGAUUCGCAUGGAGUUGCCACAUGGGUGUUGCCGAAGACUCUUGAACUGCAGAAUAUUCUUGGAUUGGACUCUAGGAUUGAGGAUGGCAACUCAUCUAUACUGCACUAUGUGGAGGAUGGUAAGGCAAUCUUACUGCGGGUGUGGUCAUCUGUCUACAUGGUUCGCCUUGAAUCACUGCAGUCUAAGAAACUUUUCAAAAGCAGCCUGAAGCGCAUCUAUCGUCCUUUCACAAGUUUCUUGACUGAAGCACGAGCCACACACAAGGUGGAAAUUGACAACAAUCAAAGUGCAAAAUAGUACUUCUAUUUCUAUCUGUUUGUUGAGGAGUUGUCAUACAAAUGCUUGAAUGGUGGAGGGCUUGAAAUAACUAUAUGAGAUAGAAAGUAGAUGGCUGAUUGCAUGCCUUCGGUUGUGUAGUAGCCACUUUUUUCUCACUUUCAGUUGUGGUCUUGGAAGGUGGUCUGCGUAUUUGUCAAGUUACUGAAAAGAGCAUUUGCACGUGUCAGGGAAUAGUAGCUUACAGGAGAUCGAUUACCAUUUCUGUUGUUAGCCAUUUUUUUCUGAAAUUUCUGUUGGUAGAUGGGCUCCGCUGUUUCUCUACUUGUGUCUAAUACACGUAGGGUUAUAUCAGACUAUGUAUGGGUUAUUGAGAUAUACUUGUAAUAUGAUAUGGUGUAUCUAUGGAA